AUGGAUCUUUAUACAAAUUGGACAGAAUUUACAUCACCAUGGGAUUUAUUAAUUGAUUGUAUAUUAUUAAAUGAACAAUAUACAAAUGCUAGUAAUACAUUAUGUAUUGUAUCAACAAUAUUUGGUAUAUUAAUGGGUUAUAUAUUUCCAUUUAUUGGUUUAUUUAAUAUUAUAAGUAAUUGUAUAAUUAUUAUUAUAUUUUUUAAUUUAAUGAUUCAUUAUAAUAAACAAUUUUUAUUAUUAGCUAUAUUAUCUAUAACUGAUAUUGGAAUUAUUUUAUUUGUUGGUUGGUUAAGAUUAUUUCCAACAUUUGGUUUACCAUAUAUCACGUCAGGAACAAUUUAUUAUUUUAUAUUAACUAGAUCUACUAUAAGUUGUAAAUUAUUUACAUUUUUUCAAGGAUUUUUUUGUACAUUAAGAGGGAAUUUAUUUAUUUUAUUAGCUAUUGAUCGUUUUUUAUUAAUUUAUAAACCAUUAAUUUAUAAUAAAUUUUCUAAUCAAUUAAAUUGGUUAUUCAUAUUGAUUAUUAUGAUGAUAACAAUAAUUAUAAUAUUACCAUUAACAAUAUUAGCUGAUUUGAUUGAAAUACGUCAAUUAAAUGUAUGUUGGUUUUUAGAUAAUACAAAUUAUUUAUUAAUCCAUCAAGCAUUAUUAUCAAAUACAUGUCCAUUACAAUUAACAUUAGUAACAUUAGUUGAUUUAUUAUUUUUAAUUAAAGUUAUUAAAUGGACACGGAAUUUACAACGAGUAAGUCAUUCAACAUCAUCAUCAUCGACAUUAACAUCAACAACAACAACACCAGCAACUAAUAAAAUCAAUAUUUCAUUAAUUGUUACUAUGCUUAUAUUACAAAUUGUAGCUUUCUUAUUUUCAUUACCUAAUAGUAUUGUUUAUUUAAUAUCAUUAACUAUUGAUUUUCAAUUGAUUAGUUCAGAUAUAGUACGUUUAUUAGUAAUAACAAGUAAUAUGUCAUGGAAUUUAAUAUUUUUUCAAUCAUCAUUUAAUAUAUUUAUUUAUUAUUAUCGUAUACGUAAAUUUAAACAAUUAUUAAAACAAUGGAUUUUAUAUUGUCAAUGUUAUCGUCAUAAAUCAAUUCAACAAACUACUUCAAUAACGAAUCGUUAA